AUGUUGAAGGAGGAGGAGGAGGAGGAGGAGAUGAGAGUGAUAAAAUUGAGAAGAUGUGCCAACAUCACUCUGAACGAUGUAUCCAAGCAGAAGUGCAGUAUUUUGAACGGCGAAUGGCGUGCGUGUGAUUUAUGUGAUGAGGAGCCUUUCGCUUACUUGUGUGUUGAUGGAAAGCAGAAUGAGGAGGUACAAUCAGCGAAUAUUUUGCAUGCAGGUGAAGUGGACCUGAAGACAUCGUUUCCACUUUCCCGGUUUCUUCGUGGACAAUCACACGUGGAACUCACAUUUGCUGUUCAAGGCGCAAACAGUGAAUCUUUGCAACCGAUUGUUGAUGUUUUCAUUAACACCUUUGAAAUAUUUUUUCACAUAACGAUAAUUUAUGUCAAUACAAGUUUUUCAAUUAAAGAUUUAACUGGGAUUUAUCUUCACUUGACCUGUGCACUCUACUUGCCUGAAGUGUUUGCUUCAACUAAUUUGUGCAAACAAUGUAACAAUUUGUUUGGUGUCGAUAAAACCCGAAUGUUGGAGUUUGAUCCAACAAACAAUAUUAAUCGCAUAAAUUUUUGCUCUUUUAAAGUGGAAUUGUUCCCAAUUUUGACUUUCGUGGUCAUCUCAUUAGAAAACUUAGUCGGUUGGCGACAAACUGGAAAAAAGGAUAAACAGGGGAAGUCUCCUUAUCCAAAUAUCCUUUCAAUACAACAAUUCCUUUGUCCUCUGUUUAACAGUCCUUUUCAUCUCUCUUGUCCACGCUUGAAAAGUGAACUAAACCCUUCAUUUCACGAAAGUCACCACAUAACCAGUUCCCACUGUGCUUAUCUUGUUCUGCCACCAUCUCACCAGCGACUGUAUUUCAAACCACAAGAUCUGCUCUUUACCAUUGAUGCAAUUUCACCAAAGGUAAAUGAAGAUAAAUUUUGUAUGCAAAUAUUAAAAUCGACAAUACUUUGUUGA